AUGGGUGGUGGUGGUGACGGUAGGGCUGCCUUCUCAUCCUCCACAAGCCUCAACAACCUCAGCUCUCCCGCUGAGGAUCGACGUGACGGAGCAAAUCAGACCAUGAACAGCGUCUGCUCCGCAGUUAGUCUGCCCGGCACGAUGCGUGGUCGCAUAAGCGGUGCUGGCAGUGGUGGUAGCCCCAGUCCCUCUACUACCUCCUUCCCACUCAACCGAGGAAAAGGUGGAACCCAGAGACCACCAAGAACCUCUGUUUCAGCAAAUCCUGAGCCUCUGGCUAAUCAGGAAGUCAGCGAGAAGGAGAAGGAGGAGCUUGAUCGUGAGACGCGUCUUGAAAUGUAA